AUGACCGAACCACUCCGCUCCUCGACGACCAAGAGCGGAUACGUCCUCCCUGCAAUAUGGAGCUUUCCGCCGUUCUUCACUCUCCAACCCAACCCCUCGACACAAGCGCAUCAGAUCGCGCUGUGGUCCGAGCUCAUACUUGGCUGGGCAAAGCACGACCGCGUGUUUAGCGUCAAUGUUGAUUCCCCCGAGCCAGGAGAGGUGUUCUCUAAUGCCAAGAUUCAGCGCCGCCUUCUCCCGCCUGCAUUGCGGCAGGUCCUAGCGCACAUGGCUGAACAAGGAACCGUCGUAGCCGAGACCAAGGGCGGGUCCACGUACCUGCUUUACUGGCGCAAGCCUGAAGAAUGGGGUCAGGUUAUCCACGACUGGGUAACGGACAGUGGCCAGACAGGGUCCAUCAUGACCUUCUAUGAGAUCACGGACGGCGACCUCUCUUACUCGACAGAGUUUAUCGGAUUGCCGGCAUCACUGCUGCGACGUAGCCUCGAGACACUGGUCAAGAAGGGCAAGGCGCAGUUGAUUCGCAGUGGCGACGGGGAGGGUGAUGGCGUGAGGUUCCUUUAG